GUAAAUAAAACGACAACAUGGCACACAUCUGUGAAACAAAAAUGAUAAUUUUCCUUCUGUUGUUGGUUUCUCCCUCAUAUGGAUUUUUAGAUGGUUUAUAUUGUGGUCUGGAGAACUGUUAUGAAAUUCUGGGUGUCACAAGAGAUGCUUCAAAAAGUGAGAUUACCAAAAAUUACAGAAAACUUGCCAGGAAAUGGCAUCCAGAUAUGGCUGCCAAGACGGAGGAAAAGAAGAAAGAACAUACAGAGAUGUUUCAGAAAAUAGCAAAUGCAUAUGAGAUUUUGAAGGAUGAUGAACAAAGAUCAGAUUAUAACUACAUGUUAGAUAAUCCAGAUGAACACUUGGCUAAUUACUACAGAUAUUACAGAAGAUAUGCUCCUAAAGUUGACAUCAGGAUAGUAAUAGCAGUGUCCUUAACCAUUAUAUCUGUCAUACAGUAUUGGGGUUCCUGGAACAAUUACCAGACAGCUAUUAAUUACUUGUGCAAGGAACCCAAGUACAGAAUCCAGGCUAUGGGUAUAGCUAAGGCUGAGGGUCUUAUCAGUUCAAAGAAAGAUCGCAAAGACAAGAGAAGCAAGGCAAAAAUAAGAAAUGAAGAAGAAGAAAUUAUCAAAAAAGUGAUAGAAGAGAAAAUGGACAUCAGAGGGGGCUACAGUAAACCAAACAUUAAGGACGUACUGUGGAUUCAGUUGAUACUGAGUCCGUACUAUCUAGUCCAGUACAUUAUAUGGUGGUGUCGGUGGGCAUGGAAAUUCUGGAUUUGUCGGGAGGAAUACGGGGAGGAGGAAAAAACAUAUCUCAUAAAGAAAUACCUUAAAGCCAGCAGAUCUCAAUGGGAGGCCAGCCCUGUUUUAUUCCCAUUAGCUAAAGAGGAAGAUAUAGAUGAAUACAUGAGGAAAGAGCUCUGGAAAAGAGAAAAGUUUGAUGUAUGGAAAAAAGAAAAAGAGGAUGAAAUGAAAGCAAAACUAGCAGAGAGUGCCAGGUACAAGAGUUUUAGACGUUAUAUGAAGAAAGGUGGACCAGGACAAAUGACCUUUGGACCUGAGUAGAGAGAAACCAUGAUACUGUAGGAAGAAUCAGGGAGCUAAGAAGCAAUGGUUGAUGUGUGUUCCAGCUACUCUAUUUAUUGAUGUGUGUGCAAUGUGUCUGGUUAAGAAUGUUUUUCAAUUGUUUAAAGUCAAUGGAUU